AUGAGGGAUAAUUUAUUAUUUUUUGGAUUAGCGGAACGUAAAAAUGGCAGAGAGAACUGCGCAACACUAAUAGAUGAUUUUUGUGAGAAUCAACUAGGACUUCCUUCAGUGUCCGAAAAUAUUGAACGAGCACAUAGACUGGGUGGGCGGAACGAAGAACGGACAAAACCACGGCCCAUAGUAGUGAAAUUUGCCUCAUACAGAAUGAGAGAAAAAGUGAGGGAGAAGGCAAACAGAUUAGCAGGAACAUCCUUCAGUAUACAGGAACAGUUUCCAAAGAAAAUACAAGAGAAGAGGAAAAUGUUGAUUCCUAUUAUGAAUGAAGCAAGGCGUAAUAGGAAAAGUACGAAACUGGUUAAAGACAAACUCUAUAUUGACGGAGUCGAAUACACCGGUCACUCGAAUGCUGAUGCAUAG